CUCGCUGGACUCGCACGAACGUGGCCAUCACCCGGAGUCAUGGCUGAGGCUGGAAACGAGGAGCCGAUGGCGCAGGCGGAGGCGAGCCUAAUUCCUUCGGAUCUUCUGUCUGAGGAGGACCAUCUAGCUUACGAAGAAGAGCUCUUGAGAAACCCAUUUGUCGUGCGCUCGUGGCUCCGCUAUGCCGAGUUCCGAAAGAGCAGGAAAUGUACGAAAGCACAAGUCAACAUUAUUUUCGAGCGUGCGCUGACGCAACUCCCUGGAUCGUACAAGAUCUGGCAUUACUACCUCCAGGAGAUCAUGAAACAGCUCGACGAACAGCAUCUGUGCAUCGAUCAUUCGGAUUUUGAGGCCGUCAACAAGACAUUCGAGCGCGCUCUGGUCUGGAUGCACAAAAUGCCUCGAAUCUGGAUCAUGUACUGCGAGUUCCUUCACCGUCAACGAUUCGUCACCCGGCUCCGACACACGCUCGAUCGGUCUUUACGUUCGUUGCCGAUAACUCAACACGAUCGAAUCUGGCCUCUUUACCUAAAGUUUAUAUCGUUCCACGACAUUCCCGAGACCGGGCUGAGAGUCUACCGGCGCUUCCUGAAGCUCAGUCCCGAGUCGCGAGAGACGGCGGUCGAAUAUCUGAUCUCAGUCGGAAAGCUAAACGAAGCCGCGCAGAGAAUGGCCGACAUGGUGAACGACCCGAGCUUCACGUCGGCCGAAGGAAAAUCGAAGCAUCAGCUGUGGAUGGAAUUGUGCGAACUUAUGUCGAAAAACCCCGACAAGAUGCAGAGCCUGAACGUCGACGCAAUCAUCAGGGGCGGGCUGAAGAAGUACACGGACCAGUUGGGGAAGUUAUGGUGCUCUCUCGCCGACUAUUAUAUCCGCUCGAAAUUGUUUGAGCGCGCACGUGACAUCUACGAGGAGGCAAUGUCGAGCGUGCUGACGGUGCGUGACUUCGCGCAAAUUUUCGAUGCCUAUUCCCAGUUCGAAUACACGGUCAUAAGCAAGCUGAUGGCGAAGGAUACGAUGUCGCCGGAGGAGGAGCUCGACCUCGAGCUAAAAUUGUCUCGAUACGAAUAUCUGAUGAAUCGCAGACCGCUGCUCUUGAACUCGGUCCUCCUGCGGCAGAACCCUCACAGCGUUCACGAGUGGCUGAAACGAGUGAAGCUGCUCGAAGACGAUCCUGUCGAGGUUAUAAAAACGUACACGAAAGCGGUCACCACCGUCGAUCCGAAGUUGGCCAGCGGUGGUAAACUUUCCCAGAUCUGGACCGAGUUCGCGAAGUUCUACGAGUCCAAGGGCCAGCUCGAUGAUGCUAGGAUAAUCUUCCGGAAGGCCACGCAGGUGCCCUACACGAAAGUCGAUGAGCUCGCGAACGUGUGGUGUGAAUUUGCCGAAAUGGAGCUGCGUCACGACAACCCCACCGAAGCCAUAAAACUCUGCCGUACGGCAACGUCUGCGCCGUCACGUAAAGUGGCCUACCACGAUCAGUCUGAAACAGUACAAAUGCGUCUCUAUAGAAAUAUCAAGAUCUGGUCGUUAUACGCCGACCUCGAAGAGAGUUUCGGCACGUUGCAGAGCACUAAAGCCGUCUACGAUCAUAUGAUAGAUCUGCGGAUAGCGAGUCCGCAGAUAAUCAUCAACGCGGCGCUUUUCCUCGAGGAGAACAAUUACUUCGAGGAAGCGUUCAGACUGUACGAAAAAGGCAUCGGCUUAUUCAAAUGGCCGAACGUCUACGAUAUAUGGAACACGUAUCUGACGAAAUUUCUCAAGCGCUUCGGUGGAAACAAGCUCGAAAGAGCGAGAGACCUCUUCGAGCAGUGUUUGGCUGAUUGUCCGCCGAAGUAUAUCAAGAACAUAUUCCUGCUCUACGCUCAACUCGAAGAGCAAUACGGACUCGCGCGACACGCCAUGGCCGUCUACGAUAAAGCUGAAGAUCUCGUGCCCGAUGAAGAGAAGAAAGAAAUGUUCGACCUCCAUAUCAAACUGGCAGCGACGCGUUUCGGUCUCACGAAAGUCCGUCCGAUAUACCAGAAAGCCAUCGAAACUCUGCCCGACGCGGAUUCUGUGAAAAUGUGUAUCGAAUUCGCGCAACUCGAGUGCAAGCUCGGCGAAAUUGACCGCGCUCGGAUGAUCUACAUGCAUUGUUCCCAGAUGUGCGAUCCCCGGAGACAGCAGGUGUUCUGGGAGGAAUGGAAAAGAUUUGAAGUUGCGCAUGGCAACGAAGAUACGCUACGUGAGCUCCUCCGUAUAAAACGAAGCGUCCAGGCAACUUUCAAUACCCAAAUGAGCGUGAGCCUUACGGCCGCGCAAGCAUCGGCAGCCGAAGGCGAGGCGGCCGCCGCUGUUGUCGAAUCGGUCACGAUUUCAAAAGGCCCGGUAUUCAUCCGGGCACAAGACACGCAGCCAGCGUUGGAAGAAUCUAAAGUGCACAAUCCGGACGAAAUCGAAGUACCGGACGAGGAUGACGAAGAAAACGACAACAACGAUGAGGAAAUGGAUACCGUUGAGACCAGAGCCGUACCCGAUGAAGUUUUCGGGGCUAUUGCGAAACAGGAUGCGUGAUGUAAAUAAGACUCGUAUCAAUCAUGAUGUAAAUAAAAAAGUGAUA